GACCAUGCGCCUACCCUGAGUGAGGCCCUCCGGGCAUCUGUAUUGUGGGCAGCCGGGCUACACGCUCAACUCUGAGCUCCCAGCAGCAGUUUGCAGGCUCUCCCAGCCGCGGGGUCUGGGCCUCGGCCCCACCAUGUCGAGCCUCGGCGGUGGCUCCCAGGACGCCGGUGGCAGUAGCAGCAGCAGUAACACCAAUAGCAGCAGUGGCAGUGGCCAAAAGGCAGGAGGAACAGACAAAAGUGCCACGGUGGCUGCCAGGGCACCGGCCUCAGUGGCAGACGAUGCCCCGCCCCCUGAGCGUCGGAACAAGAGUGGAAUCAUCAGUGAACCCCUCAACAAGAGCCUGCGUCGCUCCUGCCCACUCUCCCACUACUCCUCUGGUAGCAGUGGUGGCGCCGGAAGCAUGAUGGGAGGGGAGUCUGCUGACAAGGCUGCCGCAGCCGCAGCCUCCCUAUUGGCCAAUGGUCAUGACCUGGCUGCGGCCAGGGCGGUGGACAAAAGCAACCCUACCUCAAAGCACAAAAGUGGUGCUGUGACCAGCCUGCUAAGCAAGGCAGAGCGGGCCACAGAGCUGGCAGCCGAGGGACAGCUGACGCUGCAGCAGUUCGCACAGUCCACGGAGAUGCUAAAGCGCGUGGUGCAGGAACACCUGCCACUGAUGAGCGAGGCGGGUGCCGGCCUGCCCGACAUGGAGGCUGUGGCGGGCGCCGAAGCCCUCAAUGGCCAGUCCGACUUCCCUUACCUGGGCGCUUUCCCCAUCAAUCCAGGCCUCUUCAUCAUGACCCCAGCCGGUGUGUUCCUGGCUGAGAGUGCGCUGCACAUGGCUGGCCUGGCCGAGUACCCCAUGCAGGGAGAGCUGGCUUCUGCCAUCAGCUCGGGCAAGAAGAAGCGGAAACGCUGCGGCAUGUGUGCGCCCUGCCGGCGGCGCAUCAACUGCGAGCAGUGCAGCAGUUGUAGGAACCGAAAGACUGGCCAUCAGAUUUGCAAAUUCAGAAAGUGUGAAGAACUCAAAAAGAAGCCUUCCGCUGCUCUGGAGGUAACAGCACCGUAGAGGGAGGUGUGCGGGCUCUCCCAUCUGUCUGGCGGUCCAUACCUACCCCUGAGUCCUGGAGCCCACCUUUCCUGCCUGCAAGUGUGGGGGAUACCCAGCCCCUAGGGCCUGGAGGUCUGGCUGCAAGAUACCUGUUCACUGCCCUAAAAGUCAGAGCCACAUCCUGAGAUGCCAGCAAGCCAUGGUUUGCAGGUAGGGGCCUGGCGUUCCCAGUGAGGCCCUGGGACUCUGAUGCCCCUCCUAGGGCCUGUGUCAGAUAUCUCCACAUAGGUACCAAGUUUCUAUCUCCUAGACAUGUACUAAAGCAUCUAGUCUGUAACCUAAGACUGGUUUUGUCCCUAACCCCAUCUGAGGGGUUUUAUCUAUGGACCCUGUGGCCUUGAGAAGAGUCAUGUGUUGUUAAACUCCCAACCCCACCCUGCCCCCACCCCCAACC